AUGAAGCGCUUCGGCUCGCUCGUGUCCAAGGCUGGUGAUGCCGUCCAGCAGGCCAACCAAGAGUAUCAGCGGCUGAGGCAGGAGGCGAAACAGCAAUACAAGCAGCAGCAGCAGGACGUGCAGACGUACCAGGCCCAAUACCAGGCUCAGCAGUAUGGACAGACCACCCAGCAGCAGCAGGGUUAUUAUCCAGGCCAGCAACCACAGCAGCAGACUCAGCAAUACCAGCAUCCAGGCGCCUACCAGCCAACUCCUACUCCCGCCGGUUCAACGGCCUGGCCGGCGCCGGCAUCUACGUUUGAUUCUACGGCAACCGCUACUCCGGUACCAGGAUUCUCCAGUACAGACGUUCCGGCAACCCCGGCACAAUAUCAGACUGCAUAUGCCUCGCCAGGGCAGCCGACAGCAGCAGCAAGUGUACUGCAAUAUGGCGACGCCAACCAGCAGAUGCUUGCCGUGCAGAAUCAGAUCCAACAGGCCCAGCAGCAGGUUCAACAACUGGCCCAGCAGCACCUCGCCCAGCACCAGACUCAACUGCAGGCGGCCCAGACCAACUACGAACUCCAGCUCAAGCAGGCCGAGCAGCAGCUGGGCAACAUCCGGCUGGAGCAGGAACACGCCGUCCAGCAGGCAACAUCACAGCUGCAGCAAGGACAGCAAGCUUUCCAGGAGCAGAUAGCACAGAGUCUUUCACAAGCAGCGGUCCCGCAGCAGCAGAGCUUCCCCGGCCCAUCACCGUCAGGACCAACACCAGCCCCUCCUCCAGACACGUACAGCACGAAUACCCAGGAAGCCCGUGAUGAUAGCUUCGAACCUCCUCCUGGACCGCCUCCCGGGCCUCCACCGGGCAUGAACCAAGCUCCAGAGGGACCACCACCAGGCGCACCGCCAGCCGCUCAGAGUCAAUCGCCAGUUGUCGCCCAGCAGCCUAUGUAUGGAAUCCAUGUAGGCGCUGCGCCAACUCCAUUCCCCCAAGUCCAAGGCUUCCCCCCACCAGUGCUCCCUUCAAGUGGAACGCCUGUUCAGCCCUCGCUAGCUCACCCUGCUUUCGUCAGCCCCUCACAGACACCUCGGCCCCAAAGUUAUGCUCAGCCACACACCCCUGCGUCAAAUGCCGCCCCAGGCUAUCCGCAAGGCUUUCCUGUGUACGGGGACCCUUCACAGCCGGCCGCUGCAUAUGCGUCUCCAAUUACUUCGGCUUCCACGGGGAACCCCUACCAAGUCUCGGGGCAGCCAAUGGCUGAACCUCCACUCCCUGUGGAAUUGCCGACGGCCAGCCGAUUGGAACAAGAUGGACCCUGCGAACUCGCCGCUCCCCUGGGUGAUUUGCAGCUUCAGCCGGACAAGGGCACAGAGUCAUCAGCGGACGGCUCUAGGUCUACAAAGAGCAGGAAGCCCCAGGUAAAGCGUUCGGAGACACCAGAACCAGCGAUGAUGGAUGAGUCGGGCGUAACUCCUCUCUGGGAGUGUGCUUCAGACCCCGUCACAUAUGAGAUGGAUUGGCUGUAUAAUUCAGCUGCACCAAAUUUCCUGAUCUGUGGCCGUUGUUAUGUUGAUCACAUUUGCGACACCCAGUUCAGGGGGAGUUUCACCAAGGUCUCUUUCAAGGAUAAGAAGCCGCGGAGGUGUCUCUUCGGGACCGAUCGCGUCAAGGAGAAAUUGUGGCCCGAAGCCUUAUCCUCGAACAACCUAGAGUCGCUUACAGCAUAUAUGAUUAGGCGCGUAGCGAUACCGGAAUGCCCCAAGGAAACCAUCAAGGAGGGUGAGAGCUGGUACACAAAUGACAAGAUUCCCGGAAUGACUAUCUGCAAAGCUUGCUACGAGGACAACAUCGAUUGCACGUCGUUUGCCCCGUACUUCAAGUUAGAGCGGAAAGAAGGACAGUGUUUCUGUGAUUCCAGUGUCUGGUACUUCAAUCGGCUGCUUGAAAAGCACACUGAGACUGAGAAUUGGGAAGCAGUCAUUGAACAGAUGAAUAUCAGAGAGACACUCCCCUUGUGUCCUAAGCAGACUAUUGUCCAAGCCAACGAUCGAGCUUGGUAUACUUCUACCCGGGGACCUCAAAAUCUCACCCUCUGCGUGGCCUGUUACUACGAUUACUUCCAUGAUACUGGAGACGAGCAGUAUUUCCAAACAAUUCCACCCAGCCAAACAAAUGUGAGGUGCAUCAUGGCGUACCUCAACUUGUUGAUACCGACGAAGCAAGCCCUGGUCAAGAAGGACCGCGAGGUCUUCUGGAAAGCCCUGCAAGCCGUGGACGAGCAACCCUUCUGCAAUCCAGAGGGAACAACGGACACACUGUGGUACACGCUGAUUGACGAGCCCCAGGAAUUCGCCAUCUGCGGGGGCUGCUACGGAGGAAUCGUCGGCAGCUCGGGCGGCAGGAGAUUUUUCAAACCGCACCGCACCCUGACAAAACAGGAUAGCUGGAUCUGCUGCUUCAGCGUGAACCACAUCCGCGGGCCCGCGUACCUCGUCAAGUACUCUGAGUGCCUGGCCAAGGGACAUGCCCGGCCCCUGGCCGAGUUUGUCGGCACUUAUGGCGAUGUGCCGCUGUGUAGUGGGAAGGAACUCACCGCGGACCAGAAGUUUUACGGGUGGGAUGAACUGCCCAUAUGUCAGGAGUGCUACUUGACGUGCGCUAAGGGAACAGUUUUGGAGCCUCGGUUCACCCUCAAAGGCGAGACUGGUUCCAAGGAACGUGUCUGCAGUCUUUAUUCAACCAGGAUGCGCGGGAUAUACGCGGAGGCGUGCGAGAAGAAUGAUCUCAACGGCCUGCUCGCUGUGGGCAAGCAUCGGCAGGAAGUUUGGGCCAGGACCGUCCCUGUCUGUAAACAGAUCUUGCAGCAGCACAAGAUGGCGGCUGAGCGGGCCAUGACACUCGCCAUGGCGGGGACCAUGUUCCAUGCGGCCGGAGCACUGACGGACGUCGCCCAGGGGCACACGCACACGGUGGGAAACUCCCAGGUCGGAUAUGGAUAUGCGAAUUCGAUGGAGAUGGAAGGGGCGGUUUUGUCACAGCAGUCUGGAGAGAUAGCGGCUGGUGUGAACAAUUCGUCACUGUUUGUUCGUGCUGGCAUACUCGACAAGGAGUGGGCGGCGGUGGAAUGA